UAUUUUUAUGACGUAACAAUACUAUUCUCGUUUGGCAAAAAGAAGAAAAAUAAAAAAAUAAUACUAUACUCCUUUUUAUGUGGUAUCUUCUUUAAGGAAAGAUUUUUUUUCCGUUGUGUAAUAAAUGAAGUGAGAGGAUGAUCAAGGAAAGUAGAUGAGCAACAAUUGUUUUAAGGAAAGAUUCCUAAUCAGUUUGCCUCAAAACCAAAUUAUCAACCCUAAAGUUCAGAAAACCUCUCAAAUUCACCUCUCUGGCCGCACUGUCUCCGCUAUACAAUCACUCGCUUCCUGCCGGAGGUCAACCACGUAUUCUACGCUCCCAACCUGCCGUCAACAUAACGAGCGAGAAGAUGCACGGCACAUUCUAGAAGUACGGGGCGCGCAAGUCAGAUCUGCAUCAGCACGAACAAAGACGCGCGCGGUUCGACGAUAUCUUCGACGCCGGGGCCGCUGUCGAACACCAUUCGGGAUUCAGGCCGACAGAUAUCUGAUCGCCUUGCACUACCAGCAGGCGAAGGUCGGCAAGAACUUUGACCAAGGAAGAUUCUUCUGGGUCUUCUGGGAAAAGAAAGUUACGGGUCAAAAUAGCGAUUGAAGAAUGCAAGAAGAUUUCAAUAGCGUUGUCUUUUGAAUUCAAUUCAAGUCAGGUUACUUAUUCUUCUUCUUGUCCUUUUAAAUUAGUCGUAGGUGAUUUUGAGUUAAUUGCCUUUUUUUCGCAUUGUUUAUUGCUUAUGUUAUUUUUAUUUUCUUCAUGUUGUACAAUUAUUUGAUCUGGGAAAAU